AUGAGCUCCAUCGAGGCUACCAUCAUCUGCAUUGACAAUAGCGACUACAACAGGAAUGAGGACAUUGUACCGAACCGAUUUCUCUCGCAGAUUGACUGCGUGAACGUGCUUUGCUGCAACAAGACGAGCAUGCACUACAAGAACAACAUUGGUAUCGUCAUGAUGGCUGGUGACAAGACGAAAGUGAAGGUAUCCCUCACGAACGACAUAGGACAGCUGCUCUCAUGCAUUCACGAUAUUAAAUUGGACGGUACAUGUGACAUUGUGAGGAGUUUGUUAAUCGCUCAGCUGGCGCUCAAGCACCGUGUGGAUAAAAACUUGGGCCAAAAAAUUAUGCUGUUCGUUGGGAGUCCCUUCAAGGUAAAUGAAAAGCAGCUGAUCAGCACAGGAAAGCAAUUAAAGAAGAACAAUAUAUGCCUAGACAUAAUCAGCUAUGGAGAUGUGCAAAGGAAUAGAAGUAUCCUCAUGAGGUUGUAUGAAAGUGUAAACAGUAAUGAUAAUUGUAAGUUCAUUGAAUGUCCUGAAACAGAAAACAACCUGAGUAGGUUUGUUCUGAAUUCAUUAUUAACAAAUAAUGAGUACAGUAUAGGAAAUAUUCAAGAGGACGAACAGCUAAUGAGUGCCAUGCAAAUGUCACUUGAGGAAAGCCAACCGUUGACUGAACAGAAAAAUAUUUCUUCCUCCAGUGGGGCGGCGGCUGUGCACUCUACUAAUAAUAACGAUUUACCAACCAUUGAAGAGAUUGAAAAUAUGAAGGAUAUUGAUUAUGAAUUGAAGGAAGCUUUAAUUUUAUCUCUUAAGGAAUAUACAGAAAAGAAUAAAACUGAGAAUUGUGAGGGACAGAGUGUUGGUGAUGCAAACCAGCAUGAUGGAGAAGGGAAAGCUGAAUCGUUAACUAAUAACCACCACCCCCUGUCUCCACCAAAUAAUACGGACCCUUCAGGAACAAACCAAUCCAGUGAUGAUCCCCCCUUUGAAGAGAAAGAGCAAGAGAAUUUAACAAUUGUAAAUGAAAGCUAUAAGAAUAAUUUUGAUCAGGCAGGAGACGACCAUCAGAUACAGAUGGAGGAUACAAAGGAAAAAAAAGAAAACGAGAGCUACGAAAAAGUGUUUAAAAUUGAUAAAGAGGAAGGAAAUGUGGAGGACAAUACGCAUGGAGGGGGGAUAAAUGAAAAGUUGUAUAAUUCAGAAAAAAGCGUUUCCAAGGAGAAUGAUGAGGGGAUGGGUGUGUCCAGUGAGCAUGCUGAUGGUGAGGAGGCUCCUGCGCCUGCUCAUAUUCAGGACACCAGCUAUAUCUCGAGCAUCCUGGGGAGAAUUAGCGCCACAGUGAACGUAUUUGGUGGUGAUUCGUCCGGCGCCAAGGACAAGCAGGCGGCAGACAACCCGGACUCCGCCUCGGAGGAGGACAGUCAGUAG